UAUCAGUCGCUUUCGUUCGCGGGGCGCGGCCUACACCACCAGCGACUGCCGAGAGCGGGCCGCUCGCUGAGCGUGGCUUUGAAUUGGCAAGUCGCUAUCGCCAUCGUCGCGGCAGGACGCCCAGUCGGACACAGCAGAGCGACUUUGCCGCCUGCAGGACCAGCCCUCCACCAGCAACGCAGCCGCCAUGGAGUGCGACAUCUGCCUCGAGGACUACAACCAGGUGGAGCGCGUGCCCAAGAUGGUGCCGUGCGGGCACACCGUGUGUCUGCGGUGCCUAGAGCAGAGCAGCAGGAAGGAGUGCCCGACGUGCCGCAGGGUCUUCGAUGUUCCGCCGCAUGCACUACCCAAUAACUUCCACCUCCUAGGGCUGAUGGAGCGCCCAGAAAGGCCCCCUCGCAGCUGGUGCUCGGACUGCCGCGCCUCCGCCGCGCCCCGCUGCUGGGAUGCGGACCACGACGUCCUGCCCGAGAGGAGGGCUCUGAGGCGCUACCUUCAGGGCGCGUUGCAGCGUGCGCCUGGGCAGCUGGAAGAUCUUCCAGAUAACUGCCAGGGGGAGCAGGUCGUCCAGGCCCUCACCCUACUAGCUGCAGACUCCUGGUGCUUGACGCUGCAGAGCGGCGCCCAAGAGCUGACGGGCAACGUGAGAAACACGGAGGACCCCCUCACCCAGCUCAUGUGGCUGCUCGUGGCCAGAAAGGCUGCUCUAACCGAGAGUCGGGUCGAGGCGCGGGGUCCGCCGCCCGCAGCCCCGGGCCCAGCCCCGGGCCCAGCGCCUCCAGAGGCGCGGCCGGUGCGGGAGAUGAAUGCGACAGCUGUUAGCACGACCGACCCCCCCACCCGGCAGAACUGCAGAGCGGACCUCCUUGCACAAGUGCCAGGGGUGACCCGGCUGCUCGGUGUGUGGUGCGACGGGCACCCCGCCUGGAGCCUCCAGCUGCUGCAGAACGCCGCGCCCACGGUGGAGCGGCUGAGCCUAUGCCGCGCCCUCGAGGCCCACCUGCGCGCGGUGCACGCCAUGCCGCGGCUGAGGAGGCUGUCCGUGUGGGGUGACGAUGCCCUGCUCGUGGACGCCCAGCCACCCGUGGUGCCCGCGUUCCCGCCGGGGCACGCCGGCCUGCAGUGGCUCAUGGUGAACAACCUCCCGCGCGCCACGACACAGUCCCUGCUGUGGGCCCACGGCGGCACGCUGGAGGAGCUGUGGCUGUACGUGGGCACGGCGGGGAGCAAUGCGUGGCCAGAGAGCUGCGGCGACCUUCACUCGCUGCUGCAGCAGAGCGGGCUGCGGGCGCUCAGGAGGAUCGUGCUGAGGAGGAAGGUGCAAUGGGGCGCUAGCCACGAGCCAGCCGCCUGCAGCCAGCAGCGCGCCGAGGUGCGGCGGGUGCUGCCCGGGACCGGGGUGCUGUGCGAGGAGUGUGACGGCGUGGACCUGGAAGAGCCGUAGAGGCGUGGGUUCGGCGUGCACACUGGUGUGUGCAGAGGGAACAGUUGUUUUUCACGUGGCAGUUCGACCGGGGAUAAAUGUAAUGAAGAAAAGAGGGGCAGGGCAAUAACUCUACACUACUUUAUUACGUGAUAUUAUUAAUAAAUGCAAGUUUACUACAUUUCUUAAA